UGAAGUAACGUUAUAGUACAGUUCAGUACAGUUGACAGUUGACAGGGGGGGUUAGACUGGUGUUACCUAACAUGUGUUUGUCCUGUUUGAUGAGCAUGUAGUCUCAUGCAUGCAGGCAUGAUGGAUGUGAUACUAUUGACCUCGAACUUCCUUUAUUCUAACCAUCUUCCUGUUUCAUUGACAUCUUAUUAAGAAUCAAGUGGUUCACACUACCCAGUACCACUAAGCCAGCCGUACUCCAUCUCCCCAGCACCAAACCAUGAACCUCAACAUCUCCCCCGACGACGUAUGCUGGGCCCAGGCCGAAACCAUCUCCGACACCUGGCUCCUCCAAUUCCUAGAAAUCGACAUCCUGCGCCCAAUCGCAGACUUCAUCCUCCUCCACAACCGCGGCAACGCCACCGAAUUCGCCAUCCUCAGGAAAGGCUCUUACAACAUCUCUCUGCGCUUGAAGUAUGACCCCAACGGCGCCACCGUCAUUCGCUUCCCGCAGCCCGGCGCCGUGCUCUUCCCUGAAGAGAAGAUCGUGAACGAAGUCUCAGUCAUGCGCUUCCUCGCCGACCAGACCACCAUCCCUAUCCCAUUCAUCCUCAUGGAGUACAUCGAGCACGAGACAAAACUGUACGACGCGCUCAACACCCCCGGUCUUCCCAGGGAGCAACGCGGGGUGCUCGACCCCGACAUCGCAGAGGCUAAGCUGCGGAGACUGUACGCCCAGAUGGCCGACGUGCUACUACAACUCUCCCUCCCUGCCCUCCCGCGAAUCGGCUCGCUCAGCCAGCAGGACGACUUCACCUGGGAGGUGACACGCCGACCGCUGUCGAUGAACAUGAACGAGCUCGUCCGUCUGGGCUGUCUGCCUCGCUCCCAGCUACCUCACAUAGACACGACAUUCCCCACCGCCUCAUCAUACGUUCAGUUCCUGGCAGACCUGAAUCUCGACCAUCUAAUCCAUCAACGCAACGACGCAGUCACCUCCGCGGACGACUGUCGGAGGAAGUACGUCGCGCGGUGUCUCUUCCGUAGCCUCGCCCGCGAACAGCGCCUCACCACUCCAGCACUGGAGAAUGGCCCCUUCAAUCUCUGGUGCGACGACCUCCGUCCCGCCAAUGUACUUCUAUCCCAAGACCUGCAAAUAGCCGGGGUGGUCGACUGGGAGUUCACCUACGCUGCCCCCGUGGAGUUCUCCCACGCUCCGCCGUGGUGGCUUCUGAUCGAGCGGCCCGAGGAAUGGGCCGGGGGGAUUGAGGAGUGGACUCGGGUGUUUGGGGCCCGGCUGCGCACGUUUCUGGAAGUGAUGACGGAGUGUGAGGAUCGAGCAAUCCAGCGGGGGCGGUUGCACGAGGGGCAGAGGUUGUCCGGUGCGAUGCGGCGGAGCUGGGAGAGUGGGGACUUCUGGGUAAUGUAUGCGCUGCGGAACAGCUUUGCGUUUGAUCUGGUUUAUUGGUUGAAGAUUGAUGAGAGGUUUUUCGGGGUUAGUGGCCGAGGGGUAGAGAGGGCGUGGGAGGAGCGGGUUGGGAUGUUGAGUGAGGAGGAGAAAGAGGAGAUGGAAAUGCUUUUGACGAGGAAGAUGGCGGAGAGGGCGAGUAGGCCUCAUGUUUGGGACGCGGAUGAGUAUACUUUGGCUUUUCAGCGGGAAUUGGAGAGACGGAGGGAGGGAGAUGAAGGAGGAAAGGAUGAGGACGGAGUUGAUGGUUCUCGUGGUGUGGAGGAUAAUGGGACUGGGGCUGAUGGGAUGGAUUGAGAUGGUCUACCCACCGGCCUGUGGAGCUCUUCUGGCUAACCCUCAAGGCGAUAGAUGUUCUCCCAGAACUUCACCGUCCAAAGCACCCCAAUCUCUCCUACAAGCAAGCAAGCCGUCCUGCAAAGGCGUGCUGUGCU